AUGAGCACUCCCACCUCUGUAAACUGUCAUGAUGGAGUAAAUGACCUGUCUGGGUUUACAUCCAUCCCUCUUACCGACUCUAAAGCCCCAGUCUAUGAUAUUGACGAGUGAAUUGAAAAGUCUGGAGGAUUCGGGAAAUUUCAGUGGUUAAUGAUCGCACUAGCUACGAUUUCCCUGCAUGGAGUAAAUUUCUUUAUCUAUAACCUCGGAUUCUUGGAACUAGUCCCAAGACUCGAGUGCCUAGACUCAGAAACUGGACAGUUUAUGGAGUGAACUAAAGAAGAUAUCUGCAGAGAAGAUUCUCUCAUUGAUAGAAAUCUCUGGAAAGUUGACUAUUCAGACGAGUUCUCAUUCAAUAAUUGGAUGACCGACAUGGACCUCUACUGUCUCAGCGACUUUAAGAUCGGCCUCUUCGGGUCCUUCUUUUUCUUUGGAUAUGCUCUCAACGGUAUCUUACUUAAGCAAGCUGAUAAGUAUGGAAGGAAAAUUCUUAUUGGAGGAAGUUUUAUAAUGGUUGUAUGAGCAUAUUGCCUCUUCUUUUGGAAAAAUAUCUACGCUAAGUAUGCGUUCCUGUUCCUUGCAGGAAUCUCGAUGGCUACAAAGGUGGCAUUGUACAUCUAUUGUACCGAAGUUUGUCCAAAAAGAUAUCAGAUCUAUGUUGGCAGCUAUGUUCUUUCCGUCUCUUCGUUCUUGGUGAUUAUUCCUACUUCUGUUUACUUAUGGAUUGGGUACAAAAAUAUACAGACUGCUUUAAUUGUUUGUCUAUUUCUCUCAGUAAUUUCAGCUAUUUUAACAUUGUAUCUUCCUGAAUCUCCGAAAUUUUUGUAUGAAAAGAAGAGAUAUAAAGAACUAAGGAAGACCUUAUCUCAAAUUUGAGAAAUUAAUGGAACAAAGCUUAAAUCAAACUUUCUAAUUAAGGGAGAACAAGAGCAUUAUGAGGCUUACACUAAGAAUUCAUCUAAAAAGCUUUUGAAAGGAUAUUCCUCUUCGACUCAGGAACCACUUUUGGAAGGUACACAAAGUAAAAUUCAAAUCGGAAAUGGUCCAGAAUACUCAGUUUUUCAAGAGCUUCAAAACCCGGUGACAAUCAUCAACUUAAUCGCAGUGAUUAUCUGCUUCUCUGUGGUAUCAUUCAACUUCUACAUGCUGAGCUUCUACCUUAAAUACGUUGGAGGGAACAUCUACCUAAACACAAUUGGAGGGGCCAUCUCUGAUGUCAUUGGGAACUUCACUGCAGGAGUAAUCCAGAGGUUCUUUGGAACAAUGAAGUCCUUCGUGAUCUGUUUCUUUAUGGCAUUGGUCUUCUCCAUUCCUUUAUUAUUCUCUCAAGACCCUGUAAUCAUUGCAGUCAGUGUAUUCAUGAGCAGAUUGUUCCUCGAAGGGGCUUAUUUGAUAGUGUAUUAUGUAAACCCAGAGAUAUUCCCCUCUCUAUUUGUUCCCUUCUCAUUCUCGGUUUCCGGAUUUAUCUCAAGAUUUGUCACGAUCGGAGCACCUCAGCUUGCUGAGGUGCGACCUAGACAACUCCCUGUUGUUAUAUUCAUAAUCCUUUGAGGAGUAGGAAUCUUUGCUUCCGUCUCAAUCAAGAGUUCUAAGAAAUAACUAACCCUCUUUUCUUCAACAUAUUGAUUUUCAAUA